AUGCGAGGAGUUACAGUAACAUGUCCAAGACUUUGGCAGUUGGAUACACUGCCCUUCCAAACCAGCAAAGAAGCAGUCCGCUCCAGAGAAGACAAAGCAGCUAUAGUGGAGCUGGAGCAGAACACUGUCCGAGUUACAGUUGAUGGGGUGUCCGGGUAUGACACUCCACUCCUCCAUGCCCCAAAAACAUCCACAACUGAACCAACAACAACAAAUGCCCCAACAACAACCACAGCUGAACCAACAACAACUACAGAUGCCCCAACAAGAAGCACAGCUGAACCAACAACAACUACAGAUGCCCCAACAACAUCCACAGCUGAACCAACAACAACAAAUGCCCCAACAACAACCACAGCUGAACCAACAACUACAGAUGUCCCAACAACAACCACAACUGAACCAACAACAACUACAGAUGCCCCAACAACAUCCACAGCUGAACCAACAACAAUAACAACAACAACCACAGCUGAACCAACAACGACAGAUGCCCCAACAACAACUACAGCUGAACCAACAACAACAGAUCUGCCAACAACAACCACAGUUGAACCAACAACAACUACAGCUGAACCAACAACAACCACUGUCGGACCAACAAUAACCACAGCAGACCCUACAACAACAACAGAUACCCCAACAACUACCACAGCUGAAGCAACAACAACUACAGAUGUCCCAAUAACAACUACAGCUGAACCAACAACAACAGCGCUGCCAACAACAACCACAGCUGAACCAACAACUACAGAUGUCCCAACAACGACAGCUGAACCAACAACUUUUGAUAUCAUCUACCGGGCUAGAUACGGCUUGCUCUUCAUCCGCAGUUUUGUCAUUGCUUUUAGGUAA